ACUUUUACGACCACAGAAGUCCAGAUUGAAGUAGGGGAGUGACAGCAACUGACUGUUGAUAUUUUGGUUGUGAUUUUACAAUAUAUAAGCCAGAUAAUAUUUUUCUUAACACUAUAGAAUGGUGACUUGCACUAGUUCAAUACUGAAUCUGCCAUCAGUGAUAUGACGUCAACUGGGAAACGGCUUUAGUUGAACUUAAAAGAAGUGUUUACGUUACCUCAAUCUGAAAUCGCUACACGUACUGGUGGUGAUAGUCCAUGGAGGACGCUAAAGGGGACGGUGACACGCCCGUCAAGACACCUGUACAAAGACAGGGAAGUGCCAGUAGUGCCACAAGACCAGACUCUCUAAAAGGGAGACUUUCUUCAGCCUCACGACGCUCAGGUGUGAUAUUUGAGGACCAGGAGGAUAGCAUUGAAGCUCUAGAGAGAAGUGGCAGUGCUGGUUUUGAAUGGGAUGGCUUAGAAGAACCACAGUUUGAGUUUGAUGAUGACUUGAACUUCAGUCUUGAGUUUGCAGCCAAUCAAGAACUUCCCAAUCCGGAUGAUCCCAACUCAGUGCUGCGCAGUGGGGCCAUGACCCCAGAUGGUCUCCUGGAUGAUGACUUUGAAAAGGAACUUGGGAUGCAGGAGGAGGUGAGAGAAGAAGACAUGCCAUUUUAUGAUGUUGCACAGCACAGAAUAGUGGAGAUUGCAGGUAGUGAGUAGUCUGUCUUUUCCCUGCACCUGUCUUGGCUUAUCUCGGACCUGCUAAUGUGAACUCUGCUGCUGUCAUAUGGCUUGGACAUAAACUGCACCCACAUCUUACAACUUUCAAUCAAUGGGCUGACCAACAGCAUGUUUGUUAGUUAUAGUGACUACUGUGCUUUUUACACACCUUCAUUCGUAGUAUUUUGUAGUAAUUUUAAUUUGUGGCAGUGUCUAGAGGGGUUUUAAGCCGAUGGAUGUUUAGGUAUAUACUAUCUUUUUAGUUGAAUUUUUUCUGUUACAUGUAUAACACUAGCUCUUAAAUGGCUUUUAGGGUUUUCACUUUUUAGUAAAAGUACUGAAUUGUUUGUAGAAAUUAAUCAUUUGUCAACAAUUCUGAUUUUCAUUUAAGUUCUGUUUGACUUUGGUUAAUAAAAACGUCAACAAACUGUAAUCUCUCUACAUGAAAUUUUACCCUGUGAUUAACCAUUAAAUUUCAACUCCUCAACAUCUUAUAGUUGUUGUUAGCAUGCAGUUCAUGCCUACUCUCUUAUC